AAAGCAAACGUUGCCCACAGACGCUGAGUCAUAAAAAUCAGCGCUUAACGCGGCUGCUGUUGUUGGUGCUGGGCUAACGGCACCUGUUAAUUGCAUACGGUAUUAUUGUUGUUGUUAUUGUUGUUGCUGUUGCAUAGGCUAAGAUCGUCUGAAAAUUUCCUUUUGACGAUGGCCUUUCUAGUCUCCAUAACAGAGGACGAGGUAUUGCGACCGGAUGUGAUAAACGAUGCCGAAUUCAAAUCGAUACCUUUUAUCGAUACCAAUGAGCACGACUCGAUUGACAAUGCCAACGGGACAGCGGCGCGCGCCUUUCUCUUUCUCGAUGCCGAUGAGAAUCUGCAGAUAGCAACGCCCGAAUUGUUUUGCAAGAAACUGAAAUGCCAGGAACUGGACAAAAUCAAAGUGAUCUCAAUAUUUGGCAAUACGGGCGAUGGCAAAUCGCAUACAAUGAAUCAAGUAUUUUUUGACGGUGAGCCCGUCUUUCGUACAUCGCCCGAGCAGAGCUCCUGCACAAUUGGCGUCUAUGCGGCCAUGCAGCGGGAACAGGGUGUUCUCUGUCUGGACACCGAGGGACUUCUGGGCACCACGGCCAAAAGCAGUAAACGCAUGCGUAUGCUGCUCAAGAUACUCGCCAUUUCGGAUAUUGUCGUUUAUCGAACACGCUCGGAGCGCUUGCAUAGCGAUAUGUACGAGUUCCUGGGCACCGCCUCGAAGGCGUUCUGCCUGCAUUUCACCCAGGCGCUGCAGGCCAUGGGCAACGGCAGCACCCUGGGACCAGCUGUGAUCAUAUUCCAUGAGACCCACUACACAAAGCCGCUAGAAAGCUCCGUUGAGGAGAGCGCCGAGGAUAAGCUGCGCAACAGUUUCGCCCUGCUGAACUAUGAGACAAACGCGUUUAGCUCCCUGCGCUAUGUGGGCAUCCAGACGGACGCAAAGAAGUCAACGAAUUUCAAAAAGAUUAGCGACGCGUUGCGAUUGGAAAUUGAGAAUACGGCGGUGCGUUCGCCGCGCCAGCCAUCGGUUGUGUUCAAGGCGAUGAAGCUGUUAAAUCAGAAAUUCGCCGGCGAGAUCAUCGAGAAGGCGAUCAAUCCAUUUCCCGAGCAGUAUUUCACCUGCGGCGCUCACUGCGAAUCCUGCAGCCGUCGCUGCCAGCGCUCCAUGGGCCACGUCAGCGACGGCGAAUCCCAUUUCAAUACGCAGCCCUGCAACUAUCAGCAUCAGUACGAGAACAAGCUGUAUCUGUGCAAGGCGUGCUACAACAAUGGCAAGGAGAUUGUCGUCAGCAUACGCGCCCAAUCCCAAACGGACACCGCCUGGUCCGGCCUGGCCAAGUACGUGUGGAAGGGCGAUGUCAUCGAGUGUCCCUAUUGCGGUGAAAUCUAUCGGGCGCGCCAAUAUUGGUAUGGCAACAAAUCGCCCGAGGCAUCUGUCGUGCACGUGCAGGUGGUGCAUGUGUGGAAGGGCGGCAAUGCCGCGUUGCGCGCCAAUGCCCAUUCCGCCCAAAUGGUGCUCGACAGCGUCAACAGCAUUAGCGAGGUCUUCACCAACAUCUCGGCGCCGUGGGCGAAGGCAAUCAGCGGCAUGCUUGCGGACAAGGUGGCGCCCAGCUACUGGCGUCCCAAUCAGGAGAUCAUUCUGUGCCACGCUUGCAAGCGCAACUUCGAGAAGACUGGCAUGCCCAAGCAUCAUUGUCGCGGCUGCGGCGAGGGCUUCUGCCACACGUGCAGCCAGCACCGUGUCCCGGUGCCGGCUCGCGGCUGGCUGCAGCCGGUCCGCGUCUGCAACGAUUGCCACCAGCAGCUGCAGCGCAAAUCGGACACGACGCCAGCGCACACUCAAGAUCAAGCUGCAUUUACUUAUUGCAAUUCAAAUCUGACUAUCGCAUGCACAGGAUCCAGGCCGACCAACGAUGAGGGCGACAUCCUGGUGCGCAAAUAUGGCGAGACCAUUUACAAUACCAUCAGCAGCGUUGCCGCCGUGGCCAUCGACUAUCCCAGGGGUAAGCGGAGACACGAGAUGAUCAAGGACAGCGCUCGGCCGGCAUACUGGGUGCCCGAUGCCGAAUCGCCCAGCUGCUAUAUCUGCAAGUCUGUCUUCGGGCGCGUUGAGGAGCUGGAGCUGGCCAAGCAGGCGGAUGGCCGCAGCAAGCAGCAACAGCUGGGCAAGCACUCAAAAUCGAAUGGUGCAGCUGGUGGAGGAGGAGAAGCAGGAGGAGCAGCUGCAUCCGCAGCAACGGCUGGCGAUUGCCGCCGGCAUCAUUGCCGGCGCUGCGGCCAGGCGGUCUGCAGCAGCUGCUCCAAGCGGCGCAUGCCGGUGCCAGAGCGCGGCUGGCAGACGGAUGUUCGUGUCUGCGAUGGCUGUGCCUGUGUGUCGAGUGCCUCGAACCAAAGCGCCGGCGCCGGCGGCGGCGUCUGCAGCAUCUCCAGCACCAUAUCGGAUGCGAUCAACGGCGAUGCCAGCACAGAGACCAGCCAACGCAGGCGCAGCGAGAGCAGCAGCAACAGCUGCAGCGAUUAUCGCAAUGGCAAUCCAAUUGCCAGCAGCGCCUGCAAUGCCAGCGACGAUGCCAAGGCCAAGACCGAAUGAGACGCGGCGCGCCGGGCCAGCCACGGACCCAACAAAUCCAAUCCCAACAACAACAACACAGUCACAAUCUGGACCAAGUGCCCAGGCAGGCGUUAGGCCCACGCCCACCGCCCAACGCCCACGGCCGUCUCAGGCUCAAGCUACAAGAAAUCGUACAAUGUGAUACUUCCUCUGAUACAUGUACCAUAUACUACACACACACACACGCACAUAUAUAUAUAUUUAACAAUAAUGUUGCUUAUCGUCUGUAUAUAUAUAUAUAUAUAUAUAUAUAUAUAUAUAUCUUUUAUCUUUUGUAUUCGAUCUGAAGUGCUUCGCUUUUUUUUUGGAAAUUUAUUUUUUAUUUGUGUGUCUUUUUUUCCACCUUUUUGUGCUGUUUUCUUUUUUUUUUCUUAAGUCAACUAGUGUUAUUUAUGGAAGAACAAAUUUAAUAAAUUUUAAACCAAAUAUGUUGAGUAGGGGAAUGAUGAAUAUAUUUUAUAAGAGAAAUUGCCCGGCAUUGGGCGGAACUAUGUGAAAUAUGCAAGAGCCAAUGACUUCAGGCAGACGAAAAGGCCUUCUUGCUAAAUUAAAAAAAAAUAAAGGGUAUUCCCUCUACUAAGACAGCAAUAAAAUUCUCAGACAAUAAAGACAACCAAAAAAUGUUAAUUAUAA